CGCAACGCCAAACCCCAAAUCCAAGCUUCGCAAUUCGAAACAAGGUUCCCUAAACUCGAAUCCAAUACAGAAGAAAGCUCUCCGUCAAACAGUUGCGUGUUGGACUUCGACCCAAGACCUCAUGAAUCGCAGAAGAAAUCUCCUUCAAGUAGGAAACCGGCGUUGCAAAUCUCGCUUCCGAAGAAAACCGAAUGGAUCCAGUUUGGGAAUCCGGAGCAGCAAGAGGAGGCGGCGGAGAUGUUGGAGCAGAAAAACACAAAGGAAGUCGAGAAAAAGCACUACAGAGGAGUCCGACAGAGGCCGUGGGGAAAGUAUGCAGCGGAGAUCCGAGACCCGAACAAACGGGGAUCCAGGGUGUGGUUAGGAACAUUUGACACAGCGAUUGAAGCCGCCAAAGCCUACGAUCGAGCUGCCUUUAAGCUUCGCGGCUCCAAAGCCAUCCUAAACUUCCCUUUGGAAAUAGAAACAUCGAGCUCGGCGCCUAGCUCCGGCGAGGGAAAACGCCGUCGUCAAGACGAACACAAGGUGUCGGAAGUGGAGGUAAAGCCGGUGGUGAAGAAGGCGAAAACGACGACGGAGUCUCAGGAGAACUGUGCAAAGGACGCUCCGUUAACGCCGUCUAACUGGAAGGGGUUCUGGGACAACGAUUUAAACGGGAUUUUCAGUGUCCCGCCGUUAUCGCCGUUAUCUCCACUUCCCACCUUGGGUUGUCCCCAGCUUAUGGUCGUAUGACAUCCCACUUUGGAGAUGAACACUGUUCAUAGCUUUGUUGCAAUAUUUUCUCAAAGAUGGAUAUGAUUUAAUCGAAUUUAAUUCUUUUUUUUAAUCAAAUAUUCGGGUUGAAUUAUCUA